UGUUAGGGUGGAGUGUGGGCGGUGUUAAUCACAGUCCUCUCUCUGCUGCUGCGUAGGAGCAGAACACCGACACCUCCACCCAGAGAGCGGAGGUGUCUGUUACGUAAACACAGAACACAUCAACAUGCAUUCAGCCGCGCUGGACAGCAGCGGCUCCCCGAAGAAGAGGACGAUAUCCCGGGGCCUGAGCGAGGACGAGUCGCUGCGGAGCGUCAUUAAGGAGACUGAGAGUUCGUCCAGGCGUCUGACACGAAGCGACAGCCGAGUCGGGGCCCUGAAGAAGCGGACUGAGAGUCAGCAGUCGGACCAGGACCUCUACAUGGGACUCCCAGAAAUGCUGGAGCUGCAGGCCAACUAUGAAGAGGUGGUGCAGGAGCUGCGUGGGCUGGAGGUCGAGCGAGAGACUCUGUUGUUCCAAGUGGAUGUCCUGCAGGACACACUGGAGGGUGUAGAGGAGCUGCUGGCUGAGACCCAGAGGGAAGCAGGAGAGGCUAGUGUGGAGUUGGGACGAGAGAGGGAGGCCAAGAGGAAAUUGGAGAGGACGGUCUGCUCUCUGAUGCAAGAGGUGGAGAGAUUAAAAGAGGAGAAUAAUAACAAAGCAUCUGCUACAGUGAACACAAGUGGAAGUGUGGAUGAGGUAACGACACAAGGACACCAAAUAAAGAAUGAUGCAAAAGCUUUGGUGAAAGACUCCUUGCUGUGUGAACCUCAAAGCGGAGAAAGCAGAGCGUCAGAGAAAGAAGGACAGAACGAAGGGGAGGAGGAUGAUGGAAGCUUGUUGACGAAGCUGAAGAAGAUGGUCACUAAGCCUCUGGGCCACAUGCCGUCUCUGGCAGUGGUCGACCCAUCCUCUGCACACGGCAUCCUGCUGAGGCCUUACGGAAACGAUGUCAAGGACGGACGAGAUCCUUCUCCGGACAGGAACGACUCCGACAGCAUAAGUGCCUACGAGGAUGCAUUUGCUGAGACUCCAGAGCAGGACAGGAUGUUUCCGGGUGAAGGGGACACUUUGGAGCUGCCUGAUGAUUCGGAGAAAACAACUAACAACUGCCUGGUCAACGACGAGAACAACCAAGACCCCAAAAACCCUGACGCUUGUGUUGUGUCUUAAUCUGUUUCAUCUACCACGGGACAGAAGGGCAAAGGUGAUUGAUUAUUGAUAAUUUGGUGUCAUUCAAGAGCUCUUUGAUUUUCUGAUAUUCAUUUUCUUAGAAAACUUUGAGGCCAACAAUAACAUUCAGAUUUAUAAUUGCAGCUCUAUCGAGUAGUCCGUCGAAAGAAAAUGAAUCUGCCAAUAUUCUGACAAUCGAUUAAUCGUUUCUGUCAUUUUCAUAAAAUGCCAAAUAACUGUUGGUUUCAGCUUUUCAAUUGUGGGGAUUUGCUGCUUUUCUUUUUAAUAUAGUCAAAGAAACCUCUUUGAGAUUUGGACCGCUGGUGGUUAUUUGAGGACCUCACUAAAGGCUAAAUUUUAAUGAUCAUUUUUCAAAAAAAAUGAAAUAUCAAUUAUUCUGGAUCUUAAUUGAAAAUUAGUUGUAAUACACUGUAGUAAAACUUGGUUUCAGUUUUAAUUUCACAACAAAGAAACUCAGGAUCAGGUGGUUUACUGGCUGGAAUUCCACUACUGACUACUUAAUAUUAUUUGCCAAUAAUUCGUUUUUAAUAUCUGUAAUAUCUUUUUUGUAAAUCGUGGAUAGACAUGGACAAUAGUCUGUGCUGCUUUGACCGUUUACCUCUUUUGAUAAGGUUUGUUUGACCAACAGCUGCCAGGACUGAAAUCAGGAUUUACCUGUAGACAAAACACAGUGAGCUCCUUAAUUAUCUGGACAGGGACUGUUUAUGUUUUGGCUCCUAUGAUAUUAAAAACGUAGGAAUUUAGAGCGGCAGUCUGAACAUUUCAGACAAAUACAGCUGUUAAGUGCAUUUAAAGAUAUUUGCUUUGGCUGUCCUCAGCUGUAAAGCUCACUGUAAAGAAAGUUUAGGACAAGCUCAACGACAGGAAAUCAAAGGCAGUUGUUUGAAAGAUUAUAAGAUAUCAAUUUUUUUUAAAGUAAGGGAAAAUGCCAUGUAUUUGCUGCCUUGCUGAUCUCUACCAAAAGAUUUAUUUUUUUUACUUUCCAUUUAAAUCCCUUUUCCCUGUUUAUACGUUGAAUUUAGGGAAGUUCAUUUGGCUGCAUUUGCACUUUUUAAAGUUCUUGUAUUGUGGCAUAAAUGUGUCCAAUUCAUUAGAAAUAACAUUCCCUUAACAACCAAACACGUCACUGAGAAGUAAUCAGCUGACCUGCAGGCGUCUACGCUGCCUGCAUGCUAAUACUGUAUGUUUGCACAUUUUCAGUGAAACUUGCUGAAAGUAGUCUCUUUUGACUUCUCUGUUUGUUGUAAACACUUUGUAUUUAAUCACAAUUUUUCAUGUUUGUUUUUUACAAUGUUAGACUCUUUAUAUGCUCGAAGCAAGAAUAGACCCUUUCACCUCAUUUGUGAUAGUUUGCAUGAGCACCUAAGAAUGUAUAUUGAUUUCCAAAUUGCACAUGAAUUUGUCAUUAAUUAGUACUUUUGCACGCAUUACAUAUAUACAAGAUAAUGUUUUGAUCUAAGGUAUUUACUACGACAAUUGGUAUUUUGAAGGGAUUUUAAUUUUGUUUGCAAAUAAUGUGUCUUUCUGUGGUUUCCUGCUCUUUUAAGGUGGCUCUUAAGCAAAAUGUACACACUUCUAGUUUUGAUGGAACAAAUCAUGUGACACUAAUUUUGAUACACAAAAAGACAAAAGCAGCAAUAUGAAUACAUUUGUGGACAUUUGAAAAUAGGUAGAAUGUUGCUGAAUUAACUGCCUAUCGUGUUGUGGCUUAAAAGCAGCGUGUUAAUGUUUGUAUUGACUCAUUCGCCUUAUGCAUUGCUUUUAUCAGUCACAUUUCAACAUAAUGCUGGUUCACUUGCGAUUACCUGAUUGGCUGCCUUGAUGCACAAAGCCUCAGACACAAACGGCUCCGGUUACAUGCUGUUUGUUCCACAAAAGGAGCCGAUUGGAGGUUACUGUUACUGUAGUCCUGCCUGGUGGCACCAUAGUCGGGUCUUGAGCAGUCAGGUUGUUUGUAAUCAAUGUUGGUCAGACGUUUUACAUGAACAUCUACAAACACUGAUUAUUUAUGUUGUCAUCCAUGAUUUAUUUUAUGUUCCUAUUGAUUUCCUCUCAGGUCAAAGGAUUUGAUUUGUUGUGACGAACCAGUAGAGUAACGUCACUCUGACUUAACUGAUAAAACAAUCAUUUUAAGACUUCUGCCACUGGAGCUGUUUUGGAUUUUGAACACACAGCAGAGGGUUUUUUGACAAUUUAUCAAGUAAUCAAAUUGGUUUUGUGUUUCAUUUUCCUUAAUGCAAAAAAUAUAUUCUUACUGUAGGUUGAUGCGUUUUAUGGGUCUACAUAUUUUACACAUGUCCUUUGCUUUGUAUGAAAUGUUCAGAUGUAACAGUAAAUGACAUACAUUUAUACUUGUAAUGGAAAAAACAUUCCAGACAUAUCAAAAUAAAAACGGUGAAUAAUG